UGCACCAAUACCGUCGGUUAGUUUUGCUUCCGAGUCAAUUAAAAAUGAACGUUGGAGACACAUUUUUAGCCGGCAAAACGUGAAAUGAGAGAUGAGGAAACUCACUUUUAGUGAUUCACACGGAUUCCAAAUGAGAUGCUUAAAGUUGUUUUAAGCCUCUUCAGGAUGGAUCUUGGUAAGGCAAAGCUGCUUAGGACAGGUCUCAACACUCUACACCAAGCCAUUCACCCUGUGCAUGGGAUAGCAUGGACGGACGGCAAGCAGGUCUGCCUGACAUCUCUGUACUUCAUCAAUGGUGAGGUGAAGUUUGGGGACACUAAUGUUAUUGGGCAGUUUGAGCAUGUCUUCGGGCUCUUCUGGGGCCCGCUGUGCUGCUCUGACUCCCCUGCCUUGUUGGCUGUUCAGCACAAGAAACAUGUUACCGUGUGGCAACUGCAGCUCAGCACCCUUGAGCAGAACAAGCUGCUGUGCACUCAGACGUGUGAGAUGAGUGAGCCUUUCCCCUUGCUCUCUCAAGGCUGCGUGUGGCAUCCUAAAUUGGAUAUUCUGGCUGUGCUGACCAAGAGGGACACUUCUGUGCUGUUUUCUGUCAGGGUGGACAACAGGAGGAUCAAAGCAGACAUCAAAGGUAGUGGACUCAUCCACUGUGCGUGCUGGACUAAGGACGGUACACGCCUGGUGGUAGCUAUAGGCAGUGCUCUACACUCUUACAUCUGGAAUGACAUCCAGAAGAGUCUGGUGGCCUGCUCCUUCUGCCCCAUAUUUGAUGUGGGAGGCUACAUCUGUGCCAUCGAGGCCACAGGGGAGGCACAAGUAGCUGUUGCCACAGAGCUACCUCUGGACAAAAUCUGUGGCUUAAAUGCGGGCAUAGCCUUUGACAUGCCAUCAGAGACGGUGUCCCUGCAAGGCCAAGGCUCGCACGUGGUUGUAUCAGACGAUGACAGCCUUCUGGACUCAAGGAGGAGAUCCUUUGAUUCAGACAGGUCCUACAUCCCCAGCUCAGGACCUCUGGACCUCACCCACCUCCUGGCGAGGCAUCGUCGCUCUGACCCCAGCCCCCUUAUCCACCUGCGUCGCAGAGACACUUUGACGGGCUCUGGACAGGACUCCUCACACCUCAUCCUGGUCACAUAUGAGCGCAAGGUCACUACCACUCGCAAAGUCAGCAUCCCGGGGAUUCUGGUUCCAGACAUUGUUGCUUUUGACCCACGUGGUUCCACAGUCGCAGUGGCCUCCAACACCUGCAACAUGGUGCUUGUGUACUGCAUCACAGCCUCUGCAAUGCCGAACAUCCAGCAGAUCUCUCUGCAGACAAACGAGAGGCCUAAAGGAGUCUGCUUCCUCAAUGACAAGAUGCUGCUGCUGAUGGUGGGCAGGCAGAAGUCCAACGAUCCUGCAUUCCUCCCAUCUUCUAACACAGAUAAAUAUAUUCUUCGUCUAAUAGCCAAAGAGUUGAUGUACAAUGCAGAGACUCCUAUCACACCACCCCCCUCUGCUUACAACCAUGAAUCCACUUCUAAUUUCUGCGCAGGGAUUAGGAGGCACUCUGAGCACCUAUCUAAGGAUGACAGGGAGCGCCAAGGGAUAAAGGACUUGGUGUUGCCUGGAGGGGGAGUAAUUCGUUCACCAGGGAACAGACGGAGGCUGGUGGAGGAGGUGAGGAGCGGCGAGCCCAGCCCUGUCACCAGCUCUGUGGACUUCUCUGACCGAGCAUCAGACAGAGCCCCCUCCAGUGCCUCCUCCAUCACGGUGGAGAACUUCGACAUGGACCACGUUAACCGCAUGAGCAGCUUGGCGGUGGCCGGCCAGGCCAGCAGAGACUCCAGCCGGGCCAGCUCUCCCCGCUUUGAGCUGUCGGACAAGCUUCACACCGAGCCAACACUGCCUAUGCCCGAAAAGGCGCCGGGACCUUCAAGGGAGCGCGCGCUGGAGCAGCUCGUCCACAACAUGGAGAGGCUUUUUACUCGCUUUGCAGACGUGCAGCAGUGCCUGACAGAAAUCAGAGAUUAUAGCCAGAAUGGCAAGAAGUCCCUGAGUGUCUACCCCAAUGCUUCUGAGCCCCCCUAUGUCAAUGUCACAUGUCAGAAGCAGUUAUCAGAAAAUGUGUUCAUUGAUGAGCGGAGGCCAGUGCUGCUGUGUGAUGGGAAGCUCUGCCUGCGUGCCCUCCAAGACCUCUUCAACCUAACUACAGUGGAGAUGAUGUAUGGUCCGUUGUGGAUUGUGCUUGUGGCAGAUGUAGACGGCUUUGUGCCUCUGACAUUCAAACCCAAAGAGGAGCUCACUGUGCGGAACGGGAAGCGGAAAACUACCCUGCGGACUCCUGGGAGUCCAGAGAACUCUUGCCCAUCAAGCCCAGCCCCCGGCCAAAACCCCAACACAACCACAGAGGCCUCAACAUAGUUCCUCUUAUCACACUCCUCAAUUUAUGGACUUGCACAGUCAUGUUCCUAUUAUUUAAAUCUCAGACUGAAGUACACAGUGCAGACAGAGCAAAGGUAGCAUGAACAUGCAAAACCUUCUUUGCAACCAGAGUUAUGAAUAAAAUUUAUUUUUGUAUGUGAAAACAGUAGAGAUUUGAAAAGGGCUGUUGUGUUGACAUGUUGCUGCUUUGAAAUGAGAGUUUACCUGAAGUUUGAGCACUGUACCGCAUUUUUCUUUUUUGUUUUGACAAAAUGCAGUGCAGUUGUUGCAGUCUAAGUCCUUCACUGAAGCAGGACACCUACUGUACUGGUAUGGCACUCCACUGACAGCUCUGAGUAUGUUUUAGAGAUGUUUUCUGUUUUAAUCUGACUGUCCAGAUACCAGGUGGCCAGAUGUCCUGACACAAGAGCCGACAUAGACUAUUGUACGAUGUAAAUGUUUUGUUUUUGUUGUUACUGGAGAACUGCAAAAAACCUUUACACUCAGGAAAGUAAAGAGUAUGAAAUUCUGAUUUUGUAAAAAAAAAAAAAAAAAAAAUGGAUUAGCACUCCUAUGCUGAAUAGUCCCACUCAAAUGUUACAACUGAAUUUACCAACCCUCUCUAAGGUGUAAUGCACAUAAAAUAUGUUCAUGAGAAUGCA